GGGUGCCGGGUGAUGGGACGGGGUCCAAGAUGGCGGCUACCGUGUAGCUGAGCGAACGCGCUCUCGAGCUGUGGGUCUCGCGCGCGUACCUCUUACUGACGACGACGACAACAGCGUGAGAUGGGCCGGCUCGCUGGUGGAGCGUCAACGUCCAUCGCGCCGAUCUCGUAGCUCGUACAUUACCACGUGUAUUCGUCAGCGAUGCUCGCUUGACGCAGCACGCGCUUGAUUCUUGAACCGGGUCGGAAGAGAAAAAAAAGGGGGAAAAAAGAUCUCGUCGCUUACUCGUCCUCGGAGUUCGCGACAUUCUGCCGGAGGUAUCAGCGGAAUACCUCGCCGAAACGUUGGCCUCGUCCUCGUCGUCCUAGCAUUGCCACGCGUUGCGACGAGAUAGCGCGCGAGGUUUCGCGGCACUCGGUUUGUCAUGGCUACAAAAAAGUAUGAUGACGGCGUAAGCGAUGAUAGUGAAAGUGACUUUGAUGAUGAAGAGGAUCCAGAUAAAAUUGAAGUGCCUGGUGGAGGCAAAGAUCUUGCAACUGCUGCUGUGAUUGGAAGUAUCAAAGAAGAGAAGCCUGUAGAUCUGCCACCGAUUUCUUUGGAUAAAACGCCAGGAGCAUUAAAUGAAUUGAACCAAAAAUUUGGCAAAAUACCUGAAGGAUUAGUAACAAAGACUGCAACACCAGGUUAUGAAAUGGUGCGUGUUGGGGGUUCUCAAGGUACUCCACCAGGAGGUUUUGUUGGUGCAAGUCAAUUGAAUCAACUGAAUCAGUUAGCAACUGGUGGAUAUCCUGGUUUUCCACCAGGAUUAUCUCUUGCAGGAUUCAAUCCUGCUGCUUUCCUUCAAUCAAGUAUGGACAUGAAUGCUUUGAUGGGUAGUUUUAUGGGUAUGCCUGGGAUGAAUAUGGGAGUUAAUCCUUUCGUUCAGUUUCUUAAUCAAAGUGGAAUUCAUCCCAAUUGGUCAGGACUUUCAGGAAAGGCAGUGUCACAAAUGUGGAUGAAUUCAAGUGAUCCAACAAAAUUGAUGCAGCCAAAUAUUCCAGAAGAGGAAGAGGUAGAUGAUGAAGAUAUGGGUGUUGCCGAGACUUAUGCCGAUUACAUGCCAACGAAACUCAAACUUGGACGAAAGCAUCCGGAUCCGGUUGUCGAAACAGCGUCUCUGUCAAGUGUUGAACCGACAGAUGUUUGGUACAAGCUCUCUAUACCAGAGGAGACGAUACGAUCUGGCGCGCUCUCCGCCCUCCAACUCGAAUCUAUAACGUAUACUUCUCAGCAACAUGAGCACCUCUUACCCGAUGGCACACGCGCUGGAUUUCUGAUCGGUGAUGGCGCAGGUGUUGGUAAAGGCAGAACUAUAGCUGGUAUUAUAUUCGAAAAUUACUUGAAAGGUAGAAAACGUGCCAUCUGGGUGUCAGUGUCAAACGACCUCAAGUACGAUGCCGAACGCGAUUUGAAGGACAUAGGUGCAUCGAAAAUAGAAGUACACCCUUUGAAUAAAUUUAAAUACGCGAAAAUCUCGUCAGCUGUGAACGGUAAUGUGAAAAAAGGUGUGAUCUUCAGUACAUAUUCCGCAUUAAUUGGUGAAUCAUCACAGAGUGGUGGGAAAUAUAAAAGCCGAUUGAAACAGCUGUUGCAAUGGUGUGGUGAGGAUUUUGAUGGUCUGAUAAUUUUCGAUGAGUGUCACCGGGCAAAGAAUUUAUGCCCUACCGGAAGUUCAAAGCCUACUAAAACAGGAUUAACGGUCUUGGAACUGCAAAAUAAGCUUCCAAAGGCUAGAGUCGUAUAUGCCAGCGCAACCGGCGCUUCUGAACCUCGCAACAUGGCCUACAUGGUACGACUAGGUAUGUGGGGUGAGGGUACACCUUUCCCGGAAUUCAAUGGUUUUAUCACUGCUGUGGAAAAACGCGGUGUCGGCGCGAUGGAGAUCGUAGCGAUGGACAUGAAGUUACGCGGCAUGUAUAUCGCUCGCCAAUUGAGUUUUCACGGUGUUGCCUUCAAAAUCGAGGAAGUACCUCUUUCCAAGGACUUCACGAAGGUUUAUGAUCAUUCAGUACGAUUGUGGGUGGAAGCGAUGCAGAGGUUUCAAGAAGCGGCAGAGCUAAUAGACGCGGAAAAUCGUAUGAAGAAAACAAUGUGGGGUCAAUUUUGGUCGUCACAUCAACGCUUUUUCAAAUAUCUUUGUAUCGCCGCGAAGGUGAAGCACGCGGUGGCUGUGGCACGCGAGGCGGUCAAAUGUGGCAAGUGCGUGGUGAUCGGUCUACAGUCCACUGGCGAAGCACGCACUUUGGAGCAGUUGGAACGUGACGAUGGCGAGCUCAGCGACUUCGUUUCUACUGCAAAGGGAGUUCUGCAAACGCUAGUAGAAAAACACUUUCCAGCGCCAGAUCGUAAUCGCAUCCAGCGUCUUCUUGGUUUAGAACCGCCAAAAUUCAAAUUAGAGGAUGACGAUCUAGAUGGUGCUGGUGGUUCUGCAGGCGGCAGCAAGAGGAAGCCGAUUCGGCAAGCGGCGCAACGUGCGACGAAAAAAGUGCGCUCUUGGUCAUCGGAAGAGGAAAUAUCGGACGAAGAGAGAAACGGCGCUCACAGUUCUGGUUCAGAGUACAAAUUAAGCGGUACCGAAAGCGAGGACGAUCAUCACACGGACGAGGAGAGCAACGUCAGUUCCGAUUUCAAUCCGUUCUUCAGCGAUAGCGAUUCUGACGUUGAUCCCUGGGACAGACGAAAGAAUAAAAAAGGCAAGAAGCAGAAAAAACCCGCGAAGAAACGUUUGAGCACGCAGGACAAAAUCCAAUCGAUGCUAGUGCAUAAGCAGUCUAGCAACAAAAAUAAACGUAAUGGCGAUACGGCGAUGAGCGGCGGACCUAUGAGCGCCAUGGGUGGAAGUAUGCCUCAUAAUCAAGCACCACCUAGAGAUGCUAUUGAAAGAGCUUGCAGCAUGAAGGAGGAAUUACUAUCGCAAAUAGAAGCUCUUGGCGAGCGAUUACCGCCAAAUACGCUAGACCAAUUGAUAGACGAACUCGGCGGACCAGAAAAUGUCGCGGAAAUGACGGGUAGAAAGGGUCGCGUUGUGCAAAGAGAAGAUGGUGGAAUAGAAUACGAAUCUAGGUCAGAGGUGGACGUUCCUUUAGAAACUCUCAACUUAACAGAAAAGCAGAGGUUUAUGGAUGGAGAGAAGACUGUGGCAAUAAUUUCCGAAGCGGCCAGUAGCGGUAUAUCGUUACAGAGCGACAGGCGAGCUAGAAAUCAAAUGCGACGUGUGCAUAUCACGCUCGAAUUGCCGUGGAGCGCGGAUAGAGCGAUACAACAAUUUGGACGAACACAUCGAUCAAAUCAAGUCAACGCGCCAGAGUACCUAUUUCUUAUAUCGGACCUGGCUGGAGAAAGGCGAUUUGCCUCGAUCGUCGCAAAGCGGCUAGAAAGUCUGGGUGCGUUAACGCACGGCGAUCGUCGCGCAACGGAGACUCGUGAUCUGUCGCAGUUCAAUAUUGACAACAAAUACGGUCGCGCGGCUCUAGAAGCGACAAUGAAAACUAUAAUGGGAUACGAGCCGCCAUUAGUACCACCGCCUCAGGAUUAUCACGGUGAUUUUUUCAAGGAUGUGGCGGAUGCGCUGGUAGGCGUAGGUUUGAUUUGUAAUAGCGAAAGUACGCCCGGUGUACUCACGCUCGACAAGGACUACAACAAUAUGUCGAAGUUCCUGAAUCGCAUUCUCGGGAUGCCAGUCGAUCUUCAAAAUCGUCUGUUCAAAUACUUCACCGAUACACUCAACGCCAUUGUGACGCAGGCCAAGAAGACCGGUCGUUUCGACAUGGGUAUUCUUGAUCUUGGUACAUCGGGCGAGAACGUUCGCAGAGUGCGACUUUACCGGUUUCUGCGAAAACACGCAACUGGCAAGGCGCCAACUGAACUGCAUAUUGUUCACGUCGAGCGCGGUAUGAGCUGGUCCGAGGUCACGGAGAAGGCCUCGGAGUUUACCGGGUCCAAGGAAGGUUUUUAUCUGAGCCAUCAGAUCCGCAAUGGCAAACAGACGGCUAUUCUCGCGAUCAUGGUGGACAGCGGCAAGAAAAAAUCCGACAGCAAGAAGGAUCAGUACAUGGUGUACAGGCCCAACACAGGUCUGCAGUUACGACAAGAGACUCUAGGUGAAUUAGAAAAGAAGUAUAAGAAGGUGAGCGCAGAAGAGGCGGAGCCGCAUUGGACACAACAGUAUGAGGCCUCCGUGACCACGUGUUCGCACGCGUACUGGAGCGGUAAUUGUAAAAACGCCACUGUCGGUAUAGACUGCGAGGUUGGGCUAAGAAGACGUUCCUAUAAUGUAUUAGCCGGUUCAGUUCUGAGCGUUUGGAGCCGCGUCGAAAGCGUACUCGCUGCGCGAUCUGGACAUAACUCUAAGAUGCAAGUAGUACGACUGCGUACGGAUGAAGGGUUGAAGAUCGUUGGGACGCUUAUCCCAAAAUCUUGCAUGGAGCCAUUACGUCAAGCACUCUCCUCCGACGCAGAAAAGACAGAAGAACAGACGUUUUGAGCGUAGAGUCUCGUGUUAAGGACAUAAAUAGGACCAAGCAAGACUCUCGACAUGACGUAGAAUGCGAAUAGGAAGAUCCCUUUUUUCCUAAACUUUUCGUCCAAACGCGAGAGGAGUGAAUUACGAAGCCGUGUGAUCGCGCGUGUCCACAUAUAUUAUUUAUCUAGAACCAUUGAGAUGCGCCACCUAAGUAGAUUCCGAAUUGAAUCUACUAAUCAGCAUUGACGAACACGAGUAAACGCUUCCGCUUAACCAUCAACAAGGCUAAGAUCACAAUUUGCUGCUUAUUUUCUUUACCAUGUUUAUGCAAUCAUUUGCGAGAAAUCGCAGUCUUCACCCGCCGCAUAUUAACUGGAUUUCUAAAUAUAAUUCUUUUUAUCAUCUCUCAUAUGUAUAACGUCUCUGCCAUGCUGAUUAUAAGCUGAUUUUGAGAGGAAGUUUAUUUUUUAUGUUGUCGCUGUUAAUCAUAUUUUCACCCAUGAGAUUCUAACAAACGGACAUAGCGUGUGGUACGUAAUAAGAUGAAUACAGACUCUAUUCGUCUCGACUGUGCCGCGAGCGUAAUUAAGCGUAGAGAAAUAAUAGAGCACGUAUUUUCUUUGUAGGAAAUGUGAAGUAUAAUUGAUCGAUAGUCCAUACAAUUUAAAAAUGCAUUCAGUUUUAGGCUAGCCCAUAGCGCCAACAACCGAAGAGCAUCGACUGUUAUCAUCGUAAAAGUGCCAGUAAAUUUAAUUAAACGUGAUAAUUUGAAGGGACGGAUUAAUCGAGACGAUUAGCAAAACGAUUGGAGCAAUCGGUUCUCUUUGGAAAAUAUACGCGACAGUUUUGAUUUUUGUUUGAUCGUUAAAUCGAUCGAAUUAAAGAGGCGUUACACACACACAACACACACACACACAUACACACACACACACACACACACACGUACAUUGCUGCUACCAUUACUAUUGUAGCUCUCAUUAUUACUAUAAAUUACUGCUACUGCUAUAUUAGUACUAGUGCUCUACCGUUACAAAACUAUCAUUAAUAUUAUCUAGAUCUGGAGAGACGAGGUAAUUACAUGGGUAUCGCAAAUGUGCUUUUCCAAUUAUACCUUAGAACUUAAGAUAUGCAAUGUAUUGUGCAAGUGCCAAGUUAUACGUUCUACUGCUUCCUUUUUUUCCUUUUAUUAUUACAACAGAAUACGAAUCUGUUAAAAAAUAAUUUUUUAUUUUAUUCUAUAUAUCACUGAAUGUAUAAGUUACAUUCUCUACAGGCAACUAUUCCUAUUCUUUGUACGAUAUAUCCUAAAUAUCGAUUAAUCUCUUCAUAAAAGAUAUUCAAAUACGAAAAUAAGCAAAGUAAGAAAGUAUUUGUGAUAUUUUUAAAUUAUAAUUUUACGUAAAACUUUUUUUCUCCCUGAUAAGCAAACUAUCUAUUUUUCUUUUUUUUGUUCGUAUUUUCUCGUGCGGUUUUACGAAAUUGAAACAAAAUGUAGGAAUAUGUCCGAUAUCUUCCUAUAUACCUCAAUGAGAUAUGUUCCAAAAUAUUGUCCUAUGCCUCGUUUCUCUAUGAUCUCCAUCUAUAACUAAUUAGCCUUAAAACAUAUUUAAAAAAGGAAAAAAGAAUUAGAUUAAAAAAUAGUACAUACAGCUGAUACAGCCGAUAUAUUUAUAUUCAGAUGCAUAAAUUAGCAACCAGUGCGGCCUGCAAGUAUAUUAGAUAUGGAUUGUUUGUCCGUUUGUACAUCUGAACGAGAUUCGAAGAGUGAGUGAUAUGGACCUCGCGAUCCAUCUCUAAUGGUAUAAUGGAACUUCAAAGAUGCAGAUUUAGAGCAUAGAGUACUGUCGGAACAAUUGAAUAGAAUCAAGCCGUGAUUAGAAUUCUCAUUUUAGUGAUUUAAUUCUUAAGAGCGCGCGCGUGAUGCAUCUGUGUAUGAUGAGGGAACGAGAGAAAGAGAUUCCGUCAUCCACCUGUUUCCACAGUUAUCUUCAUCACAAAGGAUCGUUCUGCGGUAAUAUACAAUUGAAACAACCGCGUGGUUCUCUACGGAUAACGACUACAUAUUACAUUUAUAAAAAAGAUCGACAGAAGAGAGCAACAUCCAAUUGUAAGAUACUCGCAUAAUGAGUAAUUAUCUGUACCUUUUUUCGCAACGAUCGGAGAAAGAACGGAGGGAAGUGCGAUAUUUAACGUUAGAGCGAGACUUAUUAUAGAUUUAAUUCCUUUAGCUGAUAACGAUUAUUCGUAAAGCGUGAUAUAUUAAUUACUACGUUACUUUAGUGAAAUACGGAAAGCAGGAGUAGAUGUGCGAUUUGAAGGUAUCAACCGCGUUUAUAUUCAGAACUCGGUAAUCAUGAUCUGCAAUUGAAAGCAGGAUUUUAAUAAUUAAUACUUAAAUAAAGUCGUAAUUUAUAAAAAGCUCUGAUGAAGCUAGAUGAAAUGUAAAUAUAAUAUAUCGAGGCUGUAGAAGAGGCGAAACUUUUUAGAAUGUACGGGGUAUACGCGUUUUUGUAUUUUUUUUUUAUAUAUAUCUCGCUUGAGUUCCUAUCUUCCAGACAUGUGACUUAUAUAAAUGUGGUAUCUAGUACACGUGGAAACAGGGUGUUGUGCUUUCUAGUGAAACGAUUAUUCCUUUUUGUUUUUUGUUACGUGCUGUGUUUUCGUGGAUGACUCACGAGUGAACGAAUGUGCUGCGUGUA